AUGUCUAAGCCAACGUCUGGUAUCCCUGGCCUGCAAGCUGGGGACCAGAAUGAUACUAAGUCGUCCCCACAAAGUCCUGUUAAUCCUGCUACAGGUCAACAGUGUUCGAACUGUGGUACAUCUAAGACUCCAUUAUGGAGAAGAGCUCCAGAUGGUACACUUAUUUGUAACGCCUGCGGACUUUAUCUCAGGUCCAACCAUACUCAUAGACCUGUUAACCUCAAACGUCCCCCCAAUAUCAUCUCCGUGUCCCAAAAAGAGGCUGGGUCAUGUAAGGGUGAUGGUAGAUGCAAUGGUACUGGAGGAUCAGCUGCAUGCAAGGGUUGCCCUGCUUAUAAUAACCGGGCCGUUUUACAGAAAGAACGGCUUCAGGCUCUGUUGAAUCAAAAUGGCAGUAGAUCUACUUCUGGAUGUGGAUCAGGAUCAGGCUCAGGCCAAGUGGAUUCACCAAAACAGGAAUCACAAGACGAACAAUCAAUCGUUAAUUGUGAUGCAGAAGAUUUGGCUAUUGCUUGCGAUAAUUGUGGAACUACUAUUACGCCACUUUGGAGACGGGAUGAUAUGGGGAAAACCAUCUGUAAUGCCUGUGGCUUAUAUUAUCGGCUUCAUGGUUCUCACCGACCUAUAAGAAUGAAACGGAGUACUAUUAAACGCAGAAAACGGAAUCUUUCCCUGAAAACCGUAUCACCUACUUUAGAUGAUCAAGAUGAUAGUAGAGACAAUUCUCCUGGAGGAUCGACAAAGAAGAUUAAAACCGAUGUUUCAGAACCAAGCAUCACCCUUUCUACAGCAUCUAGCAGCUCAAUACCUCGAUCAGUAAAUGUCCGAACAACUAAUUCGGACAUUUCAACUACUACAACUACUAAAAGUACCCCCACAGCAACCCCACCAUUACUUGCGUCCACACAUUCACUGUUUAUUCAAACAGAAACUCAACAGCAAGCAGCAUACAUGUUACCAUUCCAGCAACAUCCAGUCCAACCACCAUUGGCCACCCCGUAUACCUCAAUUCCCGUACCUGGAACAAAUCAAUACUCUAUUCCUUAUGAACAAUCAUCUGAACCGAUUAGUUAUGGAUUGCUUCCUCAUAAACCAUCGACACUGAUGCUUAUACUGCCACCCGCUACCACGAUAUCUUCUGUUUCUCCCAACGGGGCAUCGUCUACUACAACUACUCCUCCAAGUCUACCGUCUAUACGUCCCAUGACGUUCCCAAAUAUCCAUCAUCAAAUGUCUUCGAUAUUACCACCAUAUUCUGGCAAUGGUCGAUUGCCCAAUGGGCCUGGACCGAUGCCCGGUCCACAUAUUGGAGCGUUAAGUGCGUUAUCCAGUGGAAUAUCUAAUGGGAUGUCUACUACUUUGCCAUCGAUAAAGCUAAUGAAUAGUCCGGCACCAGCUUCAGUACUUAAGCAGGAGGAUAAUCAGGUGGCAAUUAAACAGGAAGAAACAGCUAAAAAGAACACCCCUAUAGCCAUUGACUUCACCAACUCUUUCAAGAGUAAUGACAAGAGUACUAAUAAGAAUUCUAUGUCUAUUGGAGGGCUAUUAAAUAAUUAA